GACGAAGAACAAGAAAAGAGAAAAUGGGGAUGGUGGUGGUGAUCUCUCUCCCACUCAUAUUCUUCUGCUUAAUUCUGGGUUUUGGAUGUUACUUCUUAGGAAGAGCAAGAGGAAGGCGAGAUGUACAAACCAAUCCUCAAGUUUACGGGAUGCCAACUCCACCACCGGGUGCAGGUGCAGGUUCAAAUACCUUCCCCUCACCCUAUUUCAAGCCAGACAACGAUGCUCAUGUUUAAUUUACCAAAUACCUUUCUGCUAUCUCAUUCCAAUCGCGGUUACUGUUGCACAAAUAUACAAUAUUCCGUUGCUGUAAAUUUGUCAUUGUAAUUCAGUCCAAUAAGA